UCGAGGUGGAGAGGGAGGGACACGUCAGCUGUUUCCUCCCCAGAAGCUCACACGCGGGGGAAUUCUUCUGCCUGACAUAGCCACCGGCCCAAGAAUAACCGACUUCCAUUGUUUUCCGGUUCUUUCUCCGAUUCGUGUCUAAAUUUACGCCUCGAUUUGGGUCUGGAUAUUGUUUAUCUCUCUCUUUCUCCGAUUCCGUAAAUUUUUUCGGAUCGGGAAGAGAUACUACAAGAAGCUUAAUAAAUGAUUCAAGGUUUUGUUGACGAUGUGCUUGCUGUUACCAAAGAUGCAGGUCGGUGAAGACACUCACGUACGAGUCCUUGAAUAAUGUUGUGAGGCUGAUCAACGGAUUAUCUGCACUUCUGCUGACUAUUUUACCAGGGAGAGGUUCCGUACUAGAAGGUUAUGGCUGGGAGCUCAGACCAACCUUUCGAGGACCUCGUUUUCCCCGCUGGAUGGAAAAUGGUGUGUCCUCUUUCAACCAGUUCAUUCACGAGCUUUCAGUGGAUUCCGACGAGUCGAGCUUAGAUUAUUCCUCCGGGGAGGAAGAUACUUUUGCAAAUGCAAAUGAGUAUCCUGCAUCACCAUCAUCUCACAGUUCUCGGGGCUCCAGGUCCAGGGCUAGUGUUCAUGUCAAGAAUGUUUGGCACUGGACAGAAAGGAUCAAAGGCAUCUUUCUUUGGAUUCUUUUACCUGCAAAAUUUCUAUUGGGGAUUCCAUUUCGUAUUUGUCACUUUUUUUUCAUUAAAUGGGCUGGGUCCUCAUCCAUACCUGGAAGUCCUUGGCCCUCAAUUAAGAGGGUGCAUAGCCAUAAGGACCAUGUUGUUCAUCGCACCACUGACCGGAGACGUGGAGUUAUUGAGGAUCUUCAUCUUGCAAGUGAAAUCUUUAUUGAAUCUGUCUUCGAUAUGGUCCAUAAGGCUGCACAUUUUAUUCUCUCGCCAUUAGAUGCAUUCAGAACUCUGUUCAGAUGGUUUUGUUCUUGGAGUGGUUGUGAGAGAGAUGAUGAUGGUAUUGGUUCAGAUGUCAUUGUGCCUACAGCUACCCUUGGAGAUGAUGACCCUGUGCCUAGUGAAAGGAGUUACACCUUUCAUCAGUCACUAAAUACAGAUGCCAGAACGUGCCAAGAUGUUAUAUCCGAGCUUGGGUAUCCAUAUGAAGCUAUUCGUGUUGUGACUAAUGAUGGAUAUGUUCUUCUUCUUGAAAGAAUCCCUAGGCGUGAUGCUCGUAAAGCUCUUUAUCUGCAGCAUGGAUUAUUUGAUUCGUCCAUGGGUUGGGUGUCAAAUGGGGUUGUCGGGUCGCCAGCUUUUGCAGCUUUUGAUCAAGGGUAUGAUGUUUACCUCGGGAAUUUUCGUGGGUUGGUCUCCAGAGAACAUAUUGAUAAGAAUAUAUCUUCAAGACAGUACUGGAAAUAUUCCAUGAAUGAACAUGCCAUGGAGGACAUUCCAGCGAUGAUUGAAAAAAUUAAUGACGUUAAGACUUCUGAAUUGAAGCUCAGCCAACCUGAACUUGCAGAAGAAACCGACAAUGAUCAGCCAUUCAAGCUUUGCGCUCUGUGCCACAGCAUGGGAGGGGCUGCUAUGUUGAUGUAUGUUAUAACAAGGAGGAUUGAAGAAAAGCCACAUAGAUUAUCCAGAUUGGUCUUAUUAUCUCCUGCUGGAUUCCAUGACGAUGCCCCAUUUAUUUUCACAAUAGUCGAGAAUCUCUUACUUCUGUCAGCUCCAAUUUUAGCUCCAUUUGUGCCUGGCUUGUACAUACCCACCAGAUUUUUCCGUAUGCUUCUCAACAAGUUGGCUCGUGACUUCCAUCACUACCCUGCGGUUGGAGGGUUGGUUCAAACCGUCGUGAGUUACUUUGUUGGUGGGGACAGCUCAAAUUGGGUUGGAGUACUGGGAACACCGCACUAUAACAUGAAUGAUAUGCCUGGAGUUGCAUUUCGAGUAGGCGUGCAUAUUGCUCAGAUGAAGCAUGCCAAGAAGUUUAGAAUGUUCGAUUAUGGAAAUGCAUCUGCCAACAUGGAAGCCUACGGAUCGCCAGAGCCAUUGGACUUGGGUGAAUACUUCGGGCUUAUUGAUAUCCCUGUAGAUUUAGUUGCUGGGCGGAAGGACCAAGUGAUAAGACCAACAAUGGUGAAAAGGUACUAUAAAAUGAUGAAGGAUGCAGGUGUUUGUGUAUCAUUCAACGAAUUCGAAUACGCGCAUCUGGACUUCACAUUCUCGCACCGGGAGGAGCUCUUGGCUUAUGUAAUGUCUCGUUUGCUCCUGGUCAACGAGCCCGGUGGAACAGAACCCAAACCAAAACCGAAGUCGAAGCCUUUUCCAAAAUUGAGACCAAGAGAGAACUUGGAUGGCUAGCUUACAGAACACCUCAAGAACCCACUUUCUUAAGUUUCCAGGAUGUGGCAAGCAGAACAGGAGAAUGAGAAUGUCUUUAUAGAGUUUGUAUAUUUUCGGUUAAGCGUCACCCAGUCAUGGAUUUGGUCAUCGUCCCAUCAAAUUUUUUAGGAGGGAAUGUAUUGCUAUUGACGGUGAUCUUCUCUGAACUAAAUUAUGUUCUUGAUUUCUGUGUGCUUAUAGAAGAUUACGGACGUUGGUUAUGAUCUGUAGCCUGUAAUUUAAAUAAUGUAUUGUUCAUAUAUAUUAGUGGAAGUUGAAAUCGUAGGCAUCAAAUAAAUACAUGCUAUAUCUGUUACGUCUCA